AUGUCUUCCAUCACGAAACUCCCCUGCGAGGUUAUAGUCUUGGUGUUGCGGGAUCUAGGCAAUAUGCGCUCCUUGCUGCCCUGCCUCCUCACCUGCCGCUAUUUCUACUCGUGCUUUAGGGAGAACCCGGGCGUCGCGGCCGAUAUCUUGCGGCAACAAGUCACGCCAGCUCUGAUCCCUUACUCAAUCGCCGCGUUGGAAGCCUCGCGGCUCAAUCCACGAACCGGAGCCGCGGUCCAGGAGCUGCUCGAAACGCUGUAUACGGAACCGUCCAAACUGGCCGACCGGUUGCGCACGAUGUCGGUUCCGCUUUUGGCGAAAAUGGGAAAUAUGCACGAAGCGACCCAUAGCUUGGCCACUACCUUCGCCAACAGCUCAUGGACUUGUCUUUCUAAUGACCAAGGGUCGCGAAUAUCCGGCAGCCUCUCCUUGUCAUCAGCAGAGUACUUUCGCUUUUGCCGAGCCUUCUACAGGGUCGAAUUGUAUUUCUGCCUCUUUCGCACCAGCACACCGUCGACUGCCGCAGAAUUGCUCGAUGGGAGUGAUAAGGAGCGGUUCUUGUCGAAACAUGCACCUUGGGAAAACGAGCAGCUCGGCUGCGCUCUGGAGUUUCUCGAGCGUCAGCUUUCCGAAGCUUCUCACGACGUUCUCGCUCAUGAUGUCGAGCUCGGCGAGUUGGGAAUCGACUAUCUCACGGCUGGCGACGGAAAUGGCUGGAGGCAACUCUGGCUGUCGCAGGGCAUUGGUUUCAUCUAUAGACUGAUAAAUGAGAAUUCGUACGAAACCAAAAAGGCUCUAUUAAAGUCUACAUUCGGUGCUGGGAGCGCUGAUCUUUACGAGGCGCUCUGCACUCCGUCCGAGGAAGGUCUGGAUGAUGUCAUCCCACUCGCCGAAUACACCGACGAGGCCCUGACGACCCUGUUUCCGGUGCUUGACAGCCAGGAUACCGACAAGGGCCCAUUUGAAGCAUGGCGUGUAGCCUUCAACGUCUGGCCCCGCUGCGCGUGGGUCAUGCUCGUAAACAGUUUUGGGUUGAGAAAGCGGGCUUAUGUGUUCUGGGAUUGGGAUCGCCUCGAGAGAUAUGGCAUGCUCGAGCUAUCUGACAAUGUCCCAGAGGGUUCUGAACUUCAAUAUACUGGCGAGGAAUAUGACGCCAUGUACGAGUCGUUCAAAGAGCGUUCAAAUAUAUGGCAAAAGGGUGGCUCGGGCUAUUGGAGCAGAGGUGACGAAAGCAAAAUUGUAUGGCGACAUAGAUGA